AAGAAGGAGAAAACAUUGUAACUAAGUCUCAUCAGUCACAGCCAGAACUCCACCAAUGCACACGGAGGGAAGACAAAGAAAGCAAGCCAGCUUUUCACUCAGAUCCAACCUGUUCUAGAGACAUAUGUGAAGAUUUCUGCCUGCAUACGAAGAGGCGUCUUUCUAAAUCUCUUCUGCCUAACCAACCAGGCAAUAUGAACUGGAACCUCGCGGGUGUACUUGUGACAACAGUGGUUAUUAAAUUAAUCGGCACGUCACUAUUUCUUCUGUAUUUUUCACAGAUCUCCCAAGAAGUUCCCAAUAUCAUCUCUGCAGGGAAAACAAGCUGCCCGGUAAGAUGGAUACUUUAUGAGGGGAACUGCUACUACUUUUCUGCCCUGGAAAAAAUGUGGGACGACAGCCAGAAAGAUUGUGCUCAAUUGAAUUCGCAUCUCGCAGUUGUCAACAGCAAACACGAACUGAUGUUUCUGAUGAAUGAAACAGAAAAAGGAAGCUAUUUCCUUGGCCUGACCCAAAGAGAUGUCAGGGGACAGUGGAGAUGGAUCGACAACACAGAGUUUGACCCUAACAUAUUUCUUAUCCAAGACGCAACUUUUAACUGUGCCUUGAUUGGAUUCAACUCCAUCGGCUCAAGGUCUUGUGUCGUACCGAGCAGAUGGAUUUGUGAGGAGAACACAUAGGAACUCUCUGAAAUUCUCAGCCAUUUUGGAUCCCGAUUCUAAGAAACUUUGGCCCUGAUCCAGCUGUAGUUGCCUAUAACCAGUCGCCCCGGAGGGGUGUUUUGUGCACAUUGUCAUUUGCAUCAAAAGUUGUGUCCAGUCAGUGCAGCGGUGCCCAGGUGAUCACUGCAGGGUGGAUGCAAAGGCCUGUUUUAAGGCGGUACUUGCCAUCUGCAGUAGUUGUAAGUAUUUGUAAUAAAAAUAAUAAAAAAAAUUUAAUCUGCCAUCUGAUUAAAUCACCCUUUUUUGUGACCUUUUGGUCGGUCCAAUAAAGGUAUCGCAGUAAUAUGGAUUUUGGAUGUUUUAGAGAAGUAAUUACGAGAUCACAUUACGCCAGUCCUUUUA